CUUCCGACUUCCUUCUCCUUUUGAAGCCAGAGCCACUGCUGCAAUGGCAAAGCUAAUUUUACCUUUUCUAAAAUUAAUUAUUUUGUGGAGCACUGUCGAGGCUGUGUUUGAGGAUCAAGUAGGGAAAUUUGACUGGAGGCAGCAAUAUGUGGGCAAAGUUCGUUUUUCUCAUUUUGACACACAAAUGCAAUCAUCCAAGAAAGUGCUUGUGGCAACAGAGAGUAACGUUUUUGCUGCACUAAAUACGAGAACAGGAGAACUAUUCUGGCGACAUGUGGACAAGACUGGACCUGAGGGAAACAUUGAUGCUCUUCUACAACAUGGACAAGAUGCAGUGCUAGUCGUUGGUAAUGGGCGCUUGCUGCGUUCCUGGGAGAUUAAUAUAGGUGGUUUAAACUGGGAAAUUGUGCUCGACUCUGGCAGUUUCCAGUCAGCCUGUUUAGUUGGACAACAAGGCACGGUUAAAAAUGUAGCUGUUUUGAAGAAAACUGCAAUCUCUCUCCAUUACCUUUCUCAUGGACAUCAAAAAUGGAUAGAGAACCUACCAGAUAGUGAAACGGUGGAUUACCAAUCUGUGUAUUCUGGUGGAGAUGGCCAAGUUUAUGCAUUGGGAGUCGUUCCCCAUUCUCACAUUGGUGUUGUUGUUUAUAGCGUGGAGGAUGGAGAGAUAAUUAAACAGAUCUCAGUUGAAGCUCCUUGGCUGUCCAACAUACCUGCCAGCUGUGCAGUGGUUGGCCAGGACAUGUUGACAUGUGUAGACUCUACAACCAUGUCCCUUUACAUGCUUGACUUAAACCUACAGCCACAGAUGACCCAGAUCCCCCUGCAGUCACUUGCAGUUGAAGUGGAGUCUGGCUUUCAGCCGUCCCUGGUGUCACACCAGCCUAACGCAGCUCUUCGCCCGCUGUCAGAGUUCUUCCUCCAGGUCGGCCCUGACCAGUAUUUGCUUCUCCAGCUCAACGAUGGUCAGAUAGUCACACUGAGGGACUUCAAACCCGCUCCGCUGGUUUCAUUUGCAACAACUGGUGAGAAGACUGUUGCUGCUGUCAUGUCACCCAAGAAUCAAACUGCUUCCACUAUUAACCUCUUUAGUGCUGAAACGGGACGCAGGCUUCUUGACACAAGUCUGAUUUUUAAUAUGGAUCCCAAUGGAGGAAAACCAGAAAAGUUGUAUGUACAAGCGUUCCUGAAGAAAGAUGAUUCUGUUGGCUACAGAGUCAUGGUGCAGACCGAGGAUCACACACUUACUUUUAUACAGCAGCCAGGGCGUGUGAUGUGGACCAGAGAGGAGGCCCUGUCAGAUGUGGUGACGAUGGAAAUGGUGGAUCUGCCCCUCACUGGAACACAGGCUGAACUGGAGGGAGAGUUUGGCAAAAAGGCUGAUGGGCUGAUGUCCAUGGUGUUGAAGAGGCUCUCCUCUCAGCUCAUCCUGCUGCAGGCCUGGAUCGGUCACCUCUGGAAGCUGUUCUAUGAUGCUCGCAAACCCCGCAGUCAGGUCAAAAAUGAGAUCACCAUCGAGAACCUCUCCAGAGACGAGUUCAACCUGCAGAAGAUGAUGGUUAUGGUCACGGCGUCUGGGAAGCUUUUUGGGAUCGACAGCAAGACUGGUGGUAUUUUAUGGAAGCACUACCUUGAGAACAUCCCUUCUAAUGCUGCUUUCAAUCUGAUGGUGCAACGAACGACUGCACAUUUCCCUCAUCCCCCACAGUGCACACUGCUCAUCAAAGACAAGGAUACAGGUUUGGCCACACUGCAUGUGUUCAACCCUAUUUUUGGGAAGAGGAGUUAUGUCACUCCACCUGCUCUACCUCAGCCAAUCCUGCAGUCCCUCUUGCUGCCCCUCAUGGACCAGGAUUAUUCCAAGGUCCUACUUCUGAUUGAUGACCAGAACAAGGUUUCUGCCUUCCCUUCUACUAAAAACGUGCUGCAGCAGCUCCAGGAAACGGCCUCAUCCAUAUUCUUUUACCUCAUUGACUCCAAUCAGGGGAGACUUUCUGGUUACAGACUGAAAACGGACUUAUCAACGGAGCAGAUCUGGGAGGUAAUCCUUCCAACUGAGAUUCAGAAGAUCGUUUCUGUCAAAGGGAAAAGACUUAAUGAGCAUGUGCAUUCACAAGGGAGAGUAAUGGGAGACCGCAGUGUGCUCUAUAAGUACUUAAACCCAAAUCUGCUGGCCGUUGUGACUGAGAGCACAGACACGCAUCAGGAGCGCAGCUUCAUUGUGAUUUUAUUGAUCGAUGGCGUGACUGGCCGCAUCAUCCACGAGGCCGUGCAGAGGAAAGCCAAAGGACCGGUCCAUGUUGUGCACUCUGAAAACUGGGUUGUGUACGAAUACUGGAGCACCAAGUCACGCAGAAAUGAGUUCUCUGUAAUUGAACUCUACGAAGGAAUGGAGCUCUACAACAGCACCGUGUUCAGCUCGCUGGACCGACCACUUGUUCCUCAGGUGCUUCAGCAGUCGUACAUCUUUCCCUCCUCCAUCUCUGCCAUGGAGGCCACUCUGACGGAGAAGGGCAUCACCAGCCGCCAUCUGCUCAUUGGCCUGCCAUCUGGAGGGAUUCUGUCGUUACCAAAGAUGUUCCUGGACCCACGCAGACCAGAAAUGGCGUCGGAGCAAAGUCGUGAAGAAAACCUGAUACCAUACGCACCAGAGCUGAUCAUCCGUACAGAGUGGUUCAUCAAUUAUAAUCAGACUGUAUCAAGAGUACGAGGUAUUUACACAUCCCCUUCUGGACUGGAAUCCACCUGCCUGGUAGUGGCAUUUGGUCUUGACAUCUACCAGACACGCGUUUAUCCCUCAAAGCAGUUUGACGUACUAAAAGACGACUACGACUACAUGCUGAUCAGCAGCGUACUACUUGCCCUUUUCUUUGCCACCAUGAUCAGCAAACGCCUGGCAGAAGUCAAACUGCUCAACCGGGCCUGGCGGUAAAGUGAUCGUCUUAGUCCAGCACCUCAAAGCCCUGCGGCUGCACGAAGAACCUCGGUCCGAGGAGAUGAGACGGCGGAGGCCGUGCCUGUAGAAGAACACAGGCCAAAGUUCAACAAGGCUCUUAAGGAACUGCGGGGGACAGAGGGGGGAGGGGGUGUAAGGAAGGGGUUAGGUUUUAUGUGUUUGUUUUUUAACUUAUUUUGCACAACUAAGAAAUUAUUACGUAACUGAAUCAAUUUUCCUUUGUGCCACGUCAUUUUUGCUUAAAUGUUUUAACACAGAACUAAUUAAAAAUGAAUGAAACAGACAUGGAUUUAAUAAACUGUGGAGUUUGAAAGCCCUUCACAUACGGCAUUUAGGUACUUAAUGAAAGUUUUUCCAAGAUGACUUUUGCGACAUUUCUGCAUCGUCAUACAGUUCUAAUGGAGAGCAAUGAUAAAUCUGGAGGUCAGAGACUGGACACGGAGGAAGAAAAAAAAAAACUCUAGAUAUACAGUAUAAGCCCAAAUUGGUACAAUACCAUAUUUGAAUGGUUUGUUUUUUAGCCUGCUGAAUCGCCAUGAUACUCCUAUGCCAUAUUGAGUUGAUGGCAAGUGAUCUGUGAAUAAAUGUGAGAUGAUAAUGUAGCAAGGACAAGAAAACAUCUUUUUUUCUUCUUUGGGCCGUCCUGAAGACUUCCUGCUGAAUGCACUGUCGCCACCGUCACGUGUUUAACCUGGAAACAUGGUCGACCUCAUUUCGUGGUUUUGAUCCAUUAAAAUUUCUUUCAAACUCCA